AUGACCAGUACAAGCAGACUUGGACAGUCCAGCACCGACCAUGAAGGUACAGUUCAGGCUGGAAGACAAAGCAGCACUAACAAUGUAUCUGUGUUGGUGUCACACCUUCCACCACGGAUACGAGAGCUUCUUCCACCAAGGCAUGGUUGGACAGCAACUCAACAAUUAGCAAAUGAGAGAACAAGAUCAUUCACUCGCCCUAUGUUUGCAUGCAUAUGUGUGGUGAUAGAUGUCUCAAAACAUCUUCCAUCAAGAGUUUGGAUCGACUGUUCUAAAGAGAAUGGCUUUUGGCAAAAAGUGGAUUAUGAAGGCAAUUUAUCCUUCUGUUCAAGAUGCAGGUUAAUAGGUCGCAACCAGGCAACAUAUCAAAAGAGCCAAGUUCAUCCAGUUAAGGAAGCAGCUAUUGCUACUGUCUCUAUUCCAAAAUAUGUUGCGCAACACCUCCCUUUGCCUGCAAACAAAGGAAAUGACAAAGGCAAAGGAAUAUGGAUUCCAGUUUCUAGAAAAAAUAGCAGCAUAGGUGAUGAGUCUCAAAAGUUUUCUUUAAGCCAGAUUACACAAGAUCUACAAGGAACGAUAGCUAUUACCUCUAACAUAAAGGAGAUUUUUGGUAUGAAGGGAGUUACUACUGGAAAGUAUGUUAACAUAAACCCUGAAGAGGAGUAUCAAUCUUAUACUAGACAUUAG